GCAUCAGAAACAUCAAACUGAGCAGAGCUGUCACUUUGCUCUCACGGUUUGGAUUCAGAGAGAUCCAAUAUGUCCGCCGCAGAAAACCAAUCAGACGCCCGGAAAACCCCGCCGCACAAAGAGGCUAUUGAAAAGUUUGCACAAAACAUGGCAAACGAUAUAGUCCAGUCAAUCCAAAUGGAAACACAAAACUUUGGGGAUUUUAAGGAGAGCCAUGCUAGCACGUUAGCAUCGAAUGUGAUUGAAACCGCGUUGAAAGAAGUUGGUCAAAGGAAUGCAGCUUUGCGCCAACAAGAAACGCACAAAAAUGACCAGAUUUCGGAACAAAUCCAUCCAACUUUACCCCAAUCUGGACUCCCGCAGUUGGGGUCCCUGGACUACCCCGACGCCCCUCCCCCCACCCCUCUGCUGCCCGAAAUGGAGAAAAACCGACAAAGUUUUACCCGGAAACUGAAAGGAGGACUGGCCAAAGAGUUUACGCCGUCUCCUCCUCCUCCAACGCCCAAAGACCACCGGGAUCGCAGCGAGUUCGACCAAACCGAAGUGGAGCUCAUACAGGAACUGAUGGAUUCGCUGUCCACCGAAGAGUCCGGAAAACACGGCGCUGGGCAGAACGAGGAGGAGAUCAACGCGUUUGCAGACACAGUUUCUUUGGAUAUCAUGGCGUUAGCUCGAGAAGAAGUUGGAGAGAGAUUGUGUUUGGAGGCGCUAGCGACGCAAAUGGCAAAAACGAUCAUAACAUGUUCUCUCGAUGAAGCGAAACAGGUCUAGUCCAAAGGAUGGGCCAGUGUCGCUCAAACCUGUAACACCAAAAGUGAUACCAAAGGAAAGAUUUGGCUUUUUGAGAACCACCAUCUGAACCAGGUCUAACGGGACUAUUCCAGGUCUAAUCUAAAACUAAACCAGGUCUAUAACGGGACUAUUCCAGGUCUAAUCUAGAGCGAAACCAGGUCUAACAGGACUAUUCCAGGUCUAAUCUAAAACUAAACCAGGUCUAUAACGGGACUAUUCCAGGUCUAAUCUAAAACUAAACCAGGUCUGUAACGGGACUAUUCCAGGUCUAAUCUAGAGCUAAACCAGGUCUAUAACGGGACUAUUCCAGGUCUAAUCUAAAACUAAACCAGGUCUAUAAUGGGACUAUUCCAGGUCUAAUCUAAAACUAAACCAGGUCUAUAAUGGGACUAUUCCAGGUCUAAUCUAGAGCUAAACUAGGUCUAACGGGACUAUUCCAGGUCUAAUCUAGAGCUAAACCAGGUCUAUAACAGGACUAUUCCAGGUCUAAUCUAAAACUAAACCAGGUCUAUAAUGGGACUAUUCCAGGUCUAAUCUAAAACUAAACCAGGUCUAUAACGGGACUAUUCCAGGUCUAAUCUGGAACUAAACCAGGUCUAUAACGGGACUAUUCCAGGUCUAAUCUAAAACUAAACCAGGUCUAUAACGGGACUAUUCCAGGUCUAAUCUAGAGCUAAACCAGGUCUAUAACGGGACUAUUCCAGGUCUAAUCUAAAACUAAACCAGGUCUAUAACGGGACUAUUCCAGGUCUAAUCUAGAGCUAAACCAGGUCUAUAACAGGACUAUUCCAGGUCUAAUCUAAAACUAAACCAGGUCUAUAACGGGACUAUUCCAGGUCUAAUCUAAAACUAAACCAGGUCUAUAACGGGACUAUUCCAGGUCUAAUCUAGAGCUAAACCAGGUCUAUAACGGGACUAUUCCAGGUCUAAUCUGGAACUAAACCAGGUCUAUAACAGGACUAUUCCAGGUCUAAUCUAGAGCUAAACCAGGUCUAUAACGGGACUAUUCCAGGUCUAAUCUAGAGCUAAACCAGGUCUGUAACGGGACUAUUCCAGGUCUAAUCUAAAACUAAACCAGGUCUAUAACGGGACUAUUCCAGGUCUAAUCUAGAGCUAAACCAGGUCUAUAACAGGACUAUUCCAGGUCUAAUCUAAAACUAAACCAGGUCUAUAACGGGACUAUUCCAGGUCUAAUCUGGAACUAAACCAGGUCUAUAACGGGACUAUUCCAGGUCUAAUCUAAAACUAAACCAGGUCUAUAACGGGACUAUUCCAGGUCUAAUCUAGAGCUAAACCAGGUCUAUAACAGGACUAUUCCAGGUCUAAUCUAAAACUAAACCAGGUCUAUAACGGGACUAUUCCAGGUCUAAUCUAAAACUAAACCAGGUCUAUAACGGGACUAUUCCAGGUCUAAUCUAGAGCUAAACCAGGUCUAUAACGGGACUAUUCCAGGUCUAAUCUGGAACUAAACCAGGUCUAUAACAGGACUAUUCCAGGUCUAAUCUAGAGCUAAACCAGGUCUAUAACGGGACUAUUCCAGGUCUAAUCUAGAGCUAAACCAGGUCUGUAACGGGACUAUUCCAGGUCUAAUCUAAAACUAAACCAGGUCUGUAACGGGACUAUUCCAGGUCUAAUCUAGAGCUAAACCAGGUCUGUAACAGGACUAUUCCAGGUCUAAUCUAGAGCUAAACCAGGUCUAUAACAGAACUAUUCCAGGAACUGUCCAAGUGCCACCUGAAGGAGCUCGCACACCACAGUUUGAGAAACACUGAGACUGCCAUUUUUUUUAUACAAAGAUGAGUUAAAGGUCCAUUACAUAACUUUUGUGCUGGAAGAUCUUUCACCUGUUUGUCUCAUGGAGAGGAUGUGUUGUCUAAAAUGUUCCAUAAUAUUGCAUUUACUUAUCUAACUCUAUGGAGGAAAUUAGUGAUAGAAUCGCAGUCCUACAAGAAUAAGUUUUUCCAAAUAUUUUUGAGCAAUAACACACCUGCAACUGAAUAAAUGCAACUCCACACCAUAGGGUUUAAAGUCAUACUGUGGGACUUUCCAGGCAAAGCAAUCACAUCUCCAUGGAGAGAAUCAGAUAGUGUGCACCUUUAUUGAUAUGUAAUGUAUAUUUUUAUAAUAUAUUUUGUGUCUGUUCAUUUUAAAAGGUUGACAUCUUUUAUAAAAAAUAGUAUAAAAGUUAAUAAAGUGCAUUACAAUU